AUGGGAAAUGGUUGCUGCAGGAAUUCUGACGUCCAAAUUUUUGAAAAUCCAAACACAAGUGUUAUAAAACUUAAAAAAAUAGAAAACGACACCCCAGAAAAAGUCUAUACUAUGAUUCAAGAUAAUUACCUCUCAAUCCCUAAUACAUUCAACUCAGACAAAUUUUCUGCGAUCAAAGACAUCGGUGUUUCUGGGCUAGAAAAUCUUGGAAAUACCUGCUAUAUUAACUCAGUUCUUCAAGUUUUAUUUAACUGCCAGCCAUUGAUGGAUUAUUUUCUUUCUGGAAUCCAUAAGCAAGAUUUAAACGUUUUAAAUCCACAUGGAAGCCGAGGAGAAGUUGCUAUGGCAUUUGGAGAACUUGCUGAAGCUUAUUGGCAGAAAUCAUAUGAUUUGUUAGUGCCAAAAUUAUUAGUUAACCUGAUUUCUGGAGAAAGUAAUAUACCCAAUGACGAUGCAUAUCAGCUUUUGAAAGUUUUGCUGCAUUUAAUACAUGAAGAUUUAAAUAGAGCUGAUAGAACUCCUUUAAUAAGACCUUUAAAAUCAAGUGAAGCACAAGAAAUUAAAGCUGCAAAGUCAUGGCAGAAUGAACUAAUAAAAAAUUCUUCUAUAAUUAUUGACUUAUUUCAAGGACAAUUAAGAUCAACUUUGACUUGCACAGAAUGCAAUUUUAGUGCUCAAACCUUUGAAAUAUUUUUUUCUUUAAGUUUAGAUAUGCCAAACAAAGAUAGACCAGCAACAAUUGAUGAGUGCUUCCAACUAUUUACAAACCCUAAAAAUUCUGACUCCCCUCUUUAAAUUUGAAAAAAAUCCUGUCCAGAUUUAAAGGGAAUUAAUUUAUUUUUUUAAAAAAAAAUUAUACUAAAUCUUUACUCAAAAUAUAAUUUUAUAAAAAUUUUAAAUAUAAUUGAAAUCAAUAUUUGAAUUUUAAUUAUUUUAUUAAGAAUUAAUUCAAAAAAUUAAUUUAUUCAGUUAAAUCUGUUUAAAUAAUAUUCAAAUUGCACUUUUUCCAUUAAAUUAGGUCAAAACUAAUUUUAUAAAAUUCGUUUUUUUUAACUAUAAAGUUUUCCUAUUGAAAAACAAAUUGUUCCAAUUUAAAGAGGGGUUAAAAACUAAAAAAAUUUAAAUUUUACCAAUAUUUUGUUCCAAUUUAAAGCGUAAAAGGGAGUGAGAGAUCUUGAUUAUGUCCAAAGUGUAACUACGGAGUAAAAGCAAUAAAGAAAAUAGAUAUAUGGAAAGUUCCUCCAAUCUUGAUAUUUCAAUUGAAAACGAAAAAAAUGAGAACAAUAAAUAAUCCUUUGAAGCAAGCUUUAUUUGUGACUGGAAGCAAUAAAAUUGACAUUGCUCAAUGAGUAUCUGCACUGCAAAAAGAAAAUCCAAGAUAUGAGUUGUUCGCAAAAAUAAACUGUGAAUCCUCUGUAAAUAGCACGCAUUAUACAGCUACAGUAAAGCAUAAAAACAGCCAUUCUUGACAAUUAUUUGACGAUGAAAAUGUUUAUCAUGUAGAAGGUGAGCCUCCAAUAGAUAAAGACUCUUAUAUUUUAUUUUAUCAAAGAGUUGGAGGGAAAUAUUAUAGGCAAUCUAAAAAUAUGCCUGAGUAUUGGCCUCAUUUAAUUGCGAAUUAUAUCAAAAGAACUUUAGGAGUAUCUCAUAAACCAGAAAUGUAA